AUGGCUCCACGACUACUAUCACGAACACCUACGCCUAACCUCGCCAUCCGUGAUUCCGACCCGGAUCAUACCUUCCAAGGCCACGACCCAGAACAGAUUGCAAAUGCUCUGGCCGUCCACGCACACAAGAUGGCAGAGCUAGCCAAAGAGUCUUCAGCCUCAUCCGACAUCGGCUCGUCUUCCUAUCAAGGCCACCACUCAUCCGAGAUUACCCAAGCCAUUCAGAGCUACGUCGUAAGCCAUCAGGACAGUCCAUGGUCUCAGAACCUUGCCCAGCCAGCCGCGAGUGUUGCCAGUACAGGCCAGCCAGCAUCCAACAUCGAGACCAGUAUGAUGGCCGUCACAGCAUCUUCAUCUAAUCUAGACUCUUCCUCAAUGCUCACUCCGGCCUUCUCGAUUUCAGCCUUGGUACACGACCACUACUGGAUGAGCGUCUUCCUCUGCAUCAUCUGGAUCCUCUCGGGUCUCUUCAUGCUCUUCUUUGGCUGGGCCUCUUUCUUUUGGGGCUGCAACCUCGGCAUGAGUGCAAACAGAAUCGAUGCCAAGGCCAAGGCCAAGAAGCCUGCCCGCUUCGGUCCUCUUUUCGCAGGCCCACCCAUCGCAGGCGGUGUUGGUGGCAUCCUUGUCGGCUUUCUCUCCUUUUCUUUCCUCUCCAUCGUCGUGACUGCGGCCAUCUGCGUUUCACAAGCCAAGUCAGUCACAUCCACCUGGCUCUUCCUCAUCUGGCUUCUCCCUGGUCUCUUGGGAGCUUUCUUCGCAGGUCAUUGGUUUCUGUUCGCCCGAGCAUUCGCCGGCCUUCUCUCAGGCGCUUGCUUGACACUCAUCGCGACAGCAAUGUUCGGCAUUCACACAUUGAUAAUCCGAGCCGUCUUUAUCGGUAUUUGCACCAGUCUCAUCACCGCUCCUCUCCUACUCCCAAGACGAAACGCCAUUCACUUCCACCUGCUCAACAUAUGCACAUCCAUCAUCGGCGCCGUCACUUUCUUGGACGGUGUGGCACUCUUUGCUCCCUCCCGCACCAGCUCUGGUUCUUGGAUCGACCUUUGGGUCUUACUCUUUGCUAUCGAUGGCUCAGCUUCCGAAGCAAGCGCAUCUAAGAAGUGGGGCACGUCGGCGUUCAAGGGCUUCAUUGCAGGCGCUGUGCUAAGCGCUGCUGUCGGCUUCCUCUUCGAGUUCUUCUUCCACAAGCACGCAGCUGAGGAUCCUGACAUGGAGUGGAACAACUACCUUGGCACCUUCACUCAACGUCUUGAGAACCACGACUCCUCCGAGCCUCAUGACCGGGCAGGGUCCUUCGAACCUGCUCCCAGCGCCUGGCACAAGUUCUCUCGCGCCUUCGCUACUCCCGUACGCCCGGCCGCUUAUGGCAACAUCUCAGAUCCUUACGAUCCGGAGAAGAGCCCUCUCACCCAUCUCCCUGGCGCAAAGAAGCGACGACAGGCUCGUCGCUCUCGUACAGCCAAGAUCCGUGGCGGUCCCGCCAAAUUCGAAGCUCUCAGUAAAGACCUUGAACUCGCCGGCACCGAUUCCGAUGCAACCGACUACGACAGUGACUCUACUCUGCACAAGCUCAAUCCUCGUAGCAAGGUUGUUUCGGCUAAGAGCAUCCUGUCGAAAGCUGACGCUGAUGAGCUUGCAGAUGAAUUGAAGCCUCUCAGUGCCAGUGGUGACACCAAAUCCGACAACAGCGGAGCUCUUGUCUUGCCUCGACCACCGAGCUACCGCACCAACAGUAGCAACAGUCGUGGCUCCAACGGUAGCGGUCUCAGCGGAACAACGGUCAACUCCGCAAGUGAAGCUUCUCGUUUAUCUAGUUCAGUUGCCCCUGCCGAGAAGUCGUUGGGAGUUUAUCGGGACCGUGAUGCUUUGUCCUCGCCCACCCAUCCAUCUUUCUCGCGCCACACGACCAAGUCGCCCCCGCCGCCGUUCCCAACAGGAGACAGCCAACCAGCUACACCUUUGACGCCAUCGUUCCCUGCGACACCAUCGUUGGUCAACGCAAUCGCUCGUAUUCAGGCAGCUCAAGCUCAAGCCAAGGCUUGGUACGAAACUCGUGAGGAUCAGGACUCCACUUCUGCAAAGCCGGCAUCUUCUGGACUGAAGCAAGAGCUUCCACAGCAGAAGAGCAAGAUCAAGCCUGUUGCAAAGCAUUCGGCUGGUAACGCCACAACCCGUGCUGCCUCGCCACCAGCUCAGCCUGAGGAUGGUUCCUUCCAGAGCUGGUGGGGUAAGCAAGUCAAGGGUGAUCCCAAGUCGUCGACAUAG